AUGGCAGAAUGGAUCCCCGUUGUGGUUCCCAUCGCGACUGCGGUGGUUGGUGCGAUUUUCGCUGGUGGUGCGAAAGUGGCAAAGGCAUUGAUAAAGAGCCGAAAUCAACAACCGUUGUACUGGGAUGUGUACGAAUACGAUUAUUACGGUGGAAAUUAUUAUACAACAUCCCAAAAUCUCUAUGCUAAUGGAUACAUGCAUAUGACCACCGAAUAUAUACCAAGUUCCUCAUCGCAAAGCUAUUAUCGUUAA